AUGUUGAACCUUUCCAGCUUGGUGCAGAGGGCCCAGGCGUUCAUCGACCCGACCCAGGGCUUGAACCUGUCCAACUCGGAUCGCAACCCCUCCAAGUCCUCGCUCUUCCAGGCCCAAUUCCGCCUGCCCAGCUCCCAGAACCCCCUCUACGAGAUCAAUGCCGAGCUCACCAUCCCCCCGCCCAACGCCACCCAGGGCGACCGUGACAACGACCGCGGUUACCACUACGCCGGCAAGCUGCACCUGUCCGAGGCCUACAUGUGCUUCUCCACGACGCCCACCAGCUUUUCCCACGCCGCCAGCACAUCCACGAGCUCCGCCUUCACCGGCCAGACCCACGGCGGCGGCCCUUCAGGCAACGGCUUCAGUUUUCCUCUCUGCUCCAUCAAGCGCGUCGAGCGCCUGAGCAGCCAAUCCUUCCAGUUCGCCCUCGCCAUCACCACCUGGAACGGCAUCCCUGCGAACAACACAUCCAAGGACAAGGAAAAAGACAAGGACGCCGCUGGCGACAAGAAGGACGUACGAGAACAGCGCAUCACCAUACAUCUUGCUGGCACCCGCCAGGCGUGCGAGCGCUUCUGCGAUGGUCUCAAGAAGGGCCUCAAGGCCGCCGUCGGCCACGUCGGCAAGCUGAAGAGCGUCGUCGGCCAGUGCUACUCCGAGUACCUGCUCCGCCCCGACGACAAGAAGGGCGCCAACCCGCCCGACGCCGGCCUCGGCAUGUUCUUCCGAUACCCUGGCGACCCCAAGAAGCUGCGAGACCGCGCCAAGAUGCGGCUGUGGGCGGAAUACCUGCGAGACAACGGCCGGAACGUCACCCUCAUCCGCCAGCCCACCUUUCACAAGCUCAUCAGGGUAGGCUUGCCGAAUCGCCUGCGCGGCGAAAUGUGGGAGCUCACGUCUGGAUCCAUCUACCUGCGGCUCGAGAACCCAGAGCUCUUCGCAAACACGCUCGCGAAAUAUGCUGGACAGGACUCGCUCGCUAUUGACGAGAUUGAGAAGGAUCUCAACCGGAGUCUUCCCGAGUACCCCGGUUUCCAGGAUCCAGAGGGCAUUGGCCGGCUGCGUCGCGUUCUGACCGCCUACAGCUGGGUCAACCCGGACGUCGGAUACUGCCAGGCCAUGAACAUUGUCGUGGCCGCGCUGCUCAUCUACAUGUCGGAGGCACAGGCCUUCUUCCUCCUCUCCUCCCUCUGUGACAGGCUGGUUCCUGGCUACUACUCCACCACCAUGUACGGCACGCUGCUCGAUCAGAAGGUCUUUGAGUCGCUUGUUGAGCAGACCAUGCCCAUUCUGUGGGAGCACCUGGUCAAGAGUGACGUGCAGCUGUCCGUCGUGUCCCUGCCGUGGUUCCUCUCCCUCUACGUCAACUCGAUGCCCCUCAUAUUUGCCUUCCGCGUGCUCGACGUCUUCUUCGUCGAGGGCCCCAAGGUCCUUUUCCAGGUUGGCCUGGCUAUCCUGCGGAUCAACGGAGAGGAACUUCUCGAUGCGACGGAUGACGGGGCCUUCAUCUCGGUCCUCAAGUCCUACUUCACCCGCCUCGACGAGUCUGCGCAUCCCAAGUCGGAGAACCCCAAGCUUCGGGGCGUGACCAAAUUCCAGGAGCUCAUGGUCGUGGCCUUCAAGGAGUUUUCGCAAAUCACACACAACAGCAUUACCGAGUCGAGGUUGAAGAACAAGGACGCGGUUCUCAAUAACAUUGAAAGCUUCACCAAGAGGACGGCCAUCAGGAACCUCGGUCCCGACAGCAAGCUCCUGAGCGCCGAGGAGCUGGGCGCGCUCUACGACCGCUUCUACACAAUGCUGUACGAGAGGCAACAGCGAGAUCUCAUCAUUCAGGGCGAGAAGCAGCGUCGAGCGCGAAACAGCCGAGGCAGGGCGCAAGACGCGUUCCGGGACAACCAUGAGCAGAUUAUCGACAAGGGCCGCGUCGCGCUCGGCCCGAGCACGAGCAUGAUGGACUACGAUGCCUUUCGGGAGUUCCUUGCCAACAUGUCCAAGUGGGCUAUUUCCGACUCGCCCAUCACGCCCCGCCGCGACACGUUCACGGAGACCCAGAAGCGGAACGAUGCACUGCUCAACCCCUGGGGUACGGGCCCGGAACCUGCCGACCACGAGUUCAUGCAGCGACUGUUCAAAAAAUGGGACGUCGACGGCAAGGGCGAGCUGACCUUGGCCAAUGUCGUCUCGGGCCUCGCCCAAGUCAGGGGCAAGAGGGACAUUAUGGGCACCAUGAGCUACUUCUUUGAGCUGUACGACGACGACGGUGACGGCAAGGUCGAUCGGGAGGGCAUCCUGCGCAUCUCGGAGACGUUGCUGUUCCUCUCGAGGCGAGGCCUCGAGGGCAAUCUGAGCCCCGGCGCGUCGACGCCGACGGUAAACGGCAUCACGGUGCAGGGCAACCCGAACGCAUCGGAGACGAGCCUUGGGGGCAUCUCGGCGAACGAAAGAUUUCUUGGCAGCGUCAGCGCCUUCAUCAGGCGCUGCUUCGAGUACGCCGACCCGGACCACCCCCAGAACAAACGUCCAGAGGAAGAACCAGAGAAGACGACGGCCGAAGGCGACAACUCAGGCGCGUUCGCCAUCGGAGACGACGACGAGGAGGAAGAGGAAGAGGAGGACCUGCUCGCGCUCGAGUCGCCAUCAGCCAGUCCAAAGCGGGCGAAGAAGCCGCCCUCGCUCAUCAACUUUGGCAACCGCUCCGUGCUUCCCGCGGCCGCGGCGCCCGCCGCGCAGGGCGCAACACGCGGUCUGCGGGGCGUCCUCGACAACAUUGUCACAGACGGCAUGCGCGUGGCCGCCGAAGUGCGCAAGCGCAUGGAGGAGGCACAGAAGGAGCUCGAGAAGAACGCGACGUCGAACCAGACGCUCCAGCCCCGGGACGACGACGACGAAGACGACGCCGACAUUGGCGUCGAGAUUGGCGUGCGUAUGGGCCCCGCUGAUGCCGAACGCCGGAGCGUACGCAGCGAGGACCGGGUACCUGCUCUCCGGGGCGGACGCUGA